AUGCAGCAGGGUUCACACCAGCCGUGCAGCUCCUGCUACAUCAAGAAGACCAGUCUGGCCGACCUAAGGACAGAGACGACUGUGAGGACCGUGAAACUGCAGAACGCUUCCAAGAAGGACGAUGCUGACAAGACCCGAAGGCGAUGGUCGACACACCCCGUGCAGACGGUACUGGAGAGGUGGAAUUUUUCAGAGACGACAUGGGGAAACGUAUUUCUCGCUUGCGUGGCGGAUGUGCUGCAUGUGCUGGACGGAGGGUUCCUUGGACACAUGGUGGACGAGUUCAUCUCUCCCCUCAGCAACCCGGAAAGGAGGGAGCUGGAGAGGCGCAAGAAGGAGCAGAAGAAGGACACUCGCUCCACGGUUGGCCGGAUCCCGGGUGGAACUUCUUGGUUCAAGUCACGGGCAAACUACGCGGUGUUCGAGAACAAGGGCAUGAUGCAAGUGAUGCCGAUACUCAUCGCGGACAACAUGGAAGGGUGCAAGCCCGAGGAGAAGGAGCAGCGUUUCAAUGAGGUGAGGGCGUUCCAGAGGUACGCGGUGUUCUACAAGUCGCUGCUCGGCAUGGGUGGGAGGCGGCUGUGGUGUGUGGAGGGUGAUGUGGAUUCAAUGGUGCCUACGAUGGUGGACGUAGUGCAGGACGCUUUUCGAUCGCAAGCGUCGGCGUGGAACUUACCGAAGGUGCACCAGAUAAUUCAUCUCAUUGACGGCAUCAUGCUCCGGGGGAUGCCGUUUGAGUACUCAACGAACCUGUGGGAGCACACUCACAAGGGCACCGUGAAGGUGCCCGUGCGCGGGAGUAACUGGAAGGACAAUCCCCGACGAAUCGUGGAGGAGGAGGUGCAGAGAGAGAUCACACGGGAGGUGGCGGCCUUGGCGAGGGGAGGAAGGCAGUACGUCAGUGCGCUGCGUGAGGCGGUGAGGCUUCAAACGUACGUCCUGACGAGGAAGUCGAGGACGGCGGACGUAAGCGACGGAGAGGACGCAGUGCUGUGGGCGUACAAGGAGGCAUUAGGCUCAGACAUGAAGGAGCUGGGCAGGUGCCUGGCAGCCGCUGGUAUGACGGGCACCGCCAUCAAGGUGAGCACCAUUGUACACACUGCGGUGGCCAUUCCGCGUACGCGUGGCGGGGAGCUUGUGGCCAAUGGCACGUUUGUGAAGGCCAGCCCAUCCGAGAUGUGGUUUUCGGACGUCGCUGUCAGGGCGAAGAUGGACAAGGAGGAGUGGUACGCACGAUGCCUGUGCGUGUUCCGUGCAACGGAUGCAGAGGGGAUGGAGGGUAGGUACGCAUAUGUUAAGUACUAUGAGGCGGCGGGAGUUUGCCCCAUGACCACCUGCGUGCAGCUAACCCCGGGGAGGGUCUCCACUCGCUACUCAGUGGUGGACGUGGAGUGCAUCAAGCGGGUGGUGCGUGUGUGCAAGUCUUAUGUGAACAAGAAGGUCAUGCUGCUCAACAAGUUUCUUCUGUGUGAGUAG